AUGUCAUCAAAGACAAAGAUUUCCAAAUUCAAGAACGCUGUAGCCGCGUCGCAAACGUCCUCACGAAGCUCUUCCCCAGCGUCCUCCUCGACGGCCCUUUCCAUCCCGGAGCAGAAUGCUUUACAAGCAGUGCACCAGGAACAGAUGUCCCGGAUAGCCAGCGCGAUUCUUCCCCGGCUCGCGGCACUUCAUUCACGGCGUUUUCUCGGCCUCGCACGCGAGCACGUCAAGGCCGCAGAUGCCAUGUGGACGGCGCAGAAGCUGCAGCCCGUCGCCUACCGUCGGUCACUCUGGGCCGAGGACAUCGAGCCAACACCUAGGGAUGAAGGUGAGACGAAGAAGCGGCGUAAAGAUGCUCGGAUUGUGCCCGAUUUCUACCACCGACACAACCCACGUUGCACGAACUGCGCACUUCCGCUCGUUCCGGGAAUCAACCUCGUCUCGGCGCGAAAGCAAACUUCAGCAGCACGUAGCAAGCUGAAACGCAAACCGGAAUGCACGCUCUGCAACCACAAACAGCGAACCUCAUAG